AGGCGACCAUAGAAAAAUGGCAAAAAGCAACCGUAUACUGUCAUAUCAAAUUCAACAGAUCUGAAAUUAUUUAUCAACUCCUUUCGGCUCUUUUCGCACAGAACUUCAAGGAGGGCUUGGUGGUGAUGACUAGUAGAACACUAUAAUGUUCUGUGAGCAGCCGUCGCCAGAACCGGAGAAGAAAGUCUGUCGCUGCAAGAACUGUGUACUCCGCCAUUCGGAUAUCCUUCCCUGGCCCGAACCACUUGGCUUCAUGGCUGAACGAGACAAUGAAAAAGAUGGCAACAACAGUCGUCGGAUGUCCACCCGAACAAUACCCUCGAUGGACAGCGUUUAUACCUUAAAAGAUGGCACGGAGAAGCAGCAGAACGAUCCUUACAAAAAUCAUAACAAUAAUCGUAACGAUCCGACUAUAUCUACUUAUCCGGCACCAUAUAAUCGACACGGGGGCACCACUCCUGCAAACCAUGGGGAUGAGACUCCAGCUUAUUAUGGAACUGGUGCCAAUACGCCAAUGAGGACUUUGCCAACACAGCAGCAUCAGCAGCAGCAGCAGCAGCCAGCUCAACCAGCUCAACCCACCAUCCUGCUGAUUGUGGUCAACAAGAACGAUCCACCACAGCAACCACCGUUUCCACCGGGCAGAGCGUACACCGGGUACCCUGGACCAGGAAAUGGGUAUCAAAACCAAGGACGAAGUCCAAGAUAUCAGGGUCAAGGGCCAUAUCAAGGUCCAGGUCCCAGAGACUUUCCAGGUCCAGGAGGAGGACCACCAAGAUAUUACUACCCACCACCUGGACCUGGAAAUGGCACUGGACCCAGGGGAAGGCCAAGACCUAACUAUGAAAAUGAACAUGUUCGCUAUAACCAACGUCGGUAUAGCGACGGUUUUAGUAACAGUAGAAAUGGGUACCAAGACAGAUACCAGGACAGGUUCCAGGAUAGAUACCAGGAUGACUGGAACGGACAGCCAAGAUAUUCUUAUGCCGGCCAGCCACGAAUACUUCGUCGCCCAGAAGAUCGACGCAAUUGUCGCUGUGCUCCUCCAACGGAGAAAUCUCAACCGGAAAGCCCGCCAAGUCCCCCAGAUAAUGACGAUAUCCUUCAGGAUCAGCUUGAAGCAAGUAAUAAAAAGAAAAGCAAGCAGCGCCUAGUGGGCAGCGGAAUUGGCAAUCCAUGUAAUUGCCAGGCAUCCAAUCCAUUGGGAAAUAAUCCGAGUGCUCCCAAUAAAGAAUCGCAAAAUACAGAAUCGGGGAGAAAUGAAAAUAUGGGGACACCGAAUAACACGAUGGAAUAUUAUGCAGAUAGCGAAAGUCCGCAGGAAGUGAUUGUGACCGAUGCCAAAAACAAGACAUACAAAUGCAUACAAGUACCCAUUUGCAUUUCAACUGGAAAAGCGAAUACCUGUCGCUGUUGCAAAUGUGCCCCCGUCGAGGAUACGGAAAAGGAGGACUCAUUGGACGAGGAAGCGGAAUGCGUCUGCAAUCGAAAUGGGAAGUGCACCUGUGUUCCCGGUGAAAUGUUCCCUGAUGAAAAUGCCUGCCAGUGCGAUCUGACCAAUUUGGAGAGAAUUCUUCGAGAACUUAUACCAAAUGCCGACUGCAUGUGCUAUUUGAAAAAGAAACGACGCAGGCGUCGCAAGAAGUGGACUCCAAAAGUCUAUUACGACCGGUUUGCCAAUCCACCGUUUGUCCUAAAUCCAAAACCCAGAUGCCUGGAUUACGGCAUCAGUCCUUUUCGUAAUCCUUGCUAUAAUCCUUGCUGCUGUGCACCAGUUGGAAAAAGCUGCUACACCUGUGACUACGGCUGUAGGUUUUAGGAUCACAUUUUUCGAUGAUUACUGACGAUUCCCGACCCUCCUAACAGAUCCUUAAUAUUUUGUCAGCUGAUGCCAGAAAACUUCUUGUGAGCUGUUGUUCUGACGUUCUCUGACAAUUUUUGAGGAUCUCAGAUAAAUAUAAUAUAAUGUCAGAAUAAAAACUUAUCUUAUGGGUGUUCUAGCAGAUCCCAUUUUUUAAUGCCGAUCUUCGUUU